CGAACAAUCAAUGUAAAUGUUCCCCCUCUCCCAGCGGGCGCAGCGCCGCCUCCUCCUGCUCUUCGCCGCCGUCCUCCUUGGCCAUUUCUACUUCGCCUAUACGCACUAUUAUGGACGACCCCACCACUAUUCAACCGAUCCCAAUUCAGGCCCCUCGUACUCUAUCAAUGGCCGGAUCCCGGCCGACUGCCCACCUCUCCCGGGCCUGGAGAAUAUCGUGCUCGUGCUCAAGACCGGGGUCACCGAGUCCCAAACCAAACUGCCGAUCCACCGCAAUACGACUCUCCGCUGCGUACCCAACUAUAUUGUCUGGAGCGACUACGACGAGGAAGUCGCCGAUAUCCCCGUUCAUGAUGUCCUCUAUAACGAAUCGUCGGCGUUACAUAAUCUCCCCGAUUUCAACCUCUAUAUGCGCGUGCAGGAGCAGGGCCGCCAGGCGCUCACGCAGACUGACCUGAGCGGGAUCAGGGAAGAGUCCACGGCGUUUGGGAAGAGUAAUCCCGGCUGGAAACUGGAUAAGUGGAAAUUCGUUCCGAUGAUCUCUCAUACGCUGCGAGUCUUCCACCAGCCCGAGGCCCGCUGGUAUAUCUUCAUGGAAGCAGAUACCUAUAUCCUGCUCCCGUCGCUGCUGUCGUGGCUGUCGACCCUCGAUCCUAACCAGCCCUGGUACCUGGGGAACCAAAUGCAGAUCCGCGAUAUUCUCUUUGCGCACGGUGGAUCCGGGUUCAUCCUCUCAAGGCCUGCCAUCGAGGCCGCCAAUAAUAUUAUCCUCGAUAAGCGGGGGUACUGGGAUGCCAUCACUCAGAGCGAAUGGGCUGGCGACUGUGUUCUCGGCAUCCUCCUUGGCCAGGCCGGUGUGGAACUCACCUGGUCAUGGCCGCUGCUGCAACUUUCCCCGCCGAAGGAGAUUGAGUUCUUUGGGCUGAACUACGGUCGCAGGAUGUGGUGUUUUCCGGCCGUGAGUUUUCACCACCUUGACCCCAGCGAGAUCAAGGACCUGGUACGCGCCGAGCGGGGGAUUGCCGGCCGGAAGGGCGUUGUGGAGCCAGUGCUCUGGCGGGAUAUCUUUUAUACGCUGGCGCGUCCGGAGAUGGUCUCAGAAGAUGCUGAUGGGAUACGAAGGGGGUGGGAUAAUGGGGCAGCCGAGGAGAAGGGGAAAGUGGAUUCCGCAGAGGCGUGCAAGAAGCUCUGUGAGAGCGACAGGUUUUGUCUACGGUUUGUGAGGAGAGCGGAUGGCGUCUGCGCGUUUGGACGUGAUGCAAGGAUCGGCGAGGAGAAGAUGGGUGCGGAGAGCGGCUGGAUGACGCACAGGAUUGAUAGGGUGGCCAGAAUGCUGGGCACUUGUCCGGGAGUGGAAUGGGGGUAG